AUGACCAUGGCCCAGGCCGGAGCCGUAGUUGCAGCUGCCACGGGACUCCUCAUCUUCCUCCUCUACUCCUCAAUUCACAAGGUUGAGGAGGGGCACCUGGCUGUGUACUACAGGGGUGGUGCAUUGUUAACUAGUCCAAGUGGACCAGGUUACCACAUCAUGCUCCCAUUCAUUACCACAUUCAAAUCCGUGCAGACCACGUUGCAGACUGACGAAGUGAAAAAUGUGCCCUGUGGGACAAGUGGCGGUGUUAUGAUCUACAUUGACCGAAUAGAAGUUGUGAAUAAAUUGGCACCGUAUGCAGUGUACGAUAUUGUGAGAAACUACACUGCAGAUUAUGAUAAGACCUUGAUCUUCAAUAAAAUUCAUCAUGAGCUGAAUCAGUUCUGCAGUGCCCAUACCCUGCAGGAAGUAUACAUUGAGCUGUUCGAUCAGAUAGAUGAGAAUCUGAAGUUGGCCCUGCAGAAAGAUCUCAAUGUCAUGGCACCAGGUCUCACCGUCCAGGCUGUGCGUGUUACAAAACCCAAAAUCCCAGAAGCCAUCCGAAGAAAUUUUGAGCUAAUGGAGGCUGAGAAGACCAAGCUGCUGAUCGCAGCCCAGAAGCAGAAGGUAGUAGAGAAGGAGGCAGAGACAGACCGGAAGAAAGCACUCAUUGAGGCAGAGAAGGCUGCUCAGGUGGCCAGGAUUCACUAUCAACAGAAGGUUAUGGAGAAGGAAACAGAGAAACGAAUUUCUGAGAUUGAAGACGCUGCAUUCCUAGCAAGAGAGAAAGCAAAAGCUGAUGCGGACUACUACACUGCUCGGAAGCUGGCUGAUGCCAACAAGCUGAAACUUACUCCUGAGUAUCUGGAGCUAAUGAAAUACCAAGCAAUAGCUGCGAACAGCAAGCUGUAUUUUGGUGACCGCAUUCCCAACGUGUUUCUGGAUUCCUGUGCCUUCCAGCAACCCAAUCUGAGGACUGCGCAAGAACCAGCCUUCCUUCACGGGGGUCCCCAGAGACCUCUGGAGAAAGCCAUCUCAGAGCAAAGGAAAGCACUGGCUGACAGAGGUAGAAAGAUACCAGGUAUAGCUCAACAGCUAGCCCAGCUGUGA